GGUUGUUGGCUUAAAAACAAAAAUAGUAUACGCUGCGAUCGGAAGGCAAGGGCUAGAUUGCCAGAUUUUAAUCUGCUUUUUAAUUUGGCAUAAAUUUGAUUAAGCAAAAAAAUGUUAUAUGGAAAUGUUUGUAAUUGCGGAGUGGAUGAUUAUUAUUAAGGUGUGCACACAGGUGCAGAUGGGAGUUUAAACAGUAAAAACCAGAACCAAAGUUUGCGUCAUAUUAAAGGUAAAUUUUACAGUGAAUUGUUGCACAGAAGCAGGGCGGUGGAUGUUUAGCUGCUGAUUCACGGACAUCCUGCUGGUACGCUGCUUGAUCUACAGCAUGCUGAGAUACAUACCGCAGUAACAUGAGAUUACAAACCAUCAGGCAACAGGUGAGAUGCUGCAUCAGACUCCACUGUGACGGGGAGACCUUGAAACAAAGUGUGGAAGACUCUACAUGAGAGCCCACGACUCAGUGGAAAAUGCAGGCAUGCACAGUGGUGAAGAGUGCUGCUGUUUUCUGCUGUCAGCUGCAUUUUUAAAAAGAUUUAACCCAACCACAGAGUGACUCAGUACCAGCCUGACUUUAUGUUGAAGCACUCAGAUCACCUUUCUUCUCUGGUUUGAAAUGCAGCAGGUCGUCUGCAUUUGUAAAUGCAGUGAGUUGCUGCCGUGUGAUUGGCUGGUUGGAAUAUUGCAUCAGUGAGCAGGUGUACCCAAUGAAGUGAACUUCGCUCGGACUCCAGCGAACUUCCUGUCCCGGCGCAGAUUCCAGGUAGCUCAGCGACGACUCUACUCGUCUGAGCCCAAAGAUGGAAAAAAAGGACCUGCAGGAGGAGGAGGAGGGAAGAGAGGAGGAAAAGACUGGUGGAGUCGAAUGCAGAAGGGCGACUUCCCCUGGGAUGAGAAGGAUUUCCGUUACGUGGCGAUCACCGUGGCCGGAGUGAGCUCGGCUCUGCUUUAUUUCUACUUCAGAGACAGCGGCAAGGAGAUCAGCUGGAAGGACUUUGUCCACCGCUACCUGGGCAGAGGCAAGGUGGAUCGCUUGGAAGUGGUGAACAAACAGUAUGUCCGAGUGGUUCUGGUGCCGGGAGCCGACGCUGAUGCGAGUUACGUCUGGUUCAACAUCGGCAGCGUGGACACGUUUGAGAGGAACCUUGAGACGGCAGUUAUGGAGCUUGGAAUGGAGUCGGCGCGCCGACCUGCCGUCAUCUACAGCUCUGAGAGCGAUGGUUCCUUCCUGAUGAGCAUGAUCCCUACCCUGCUGCUGAUUGGCUUUCUGCUCUUCACGCUGCGGCGGGGACCAAUGGGAGGAGGCGCGGGCGGCGGGAGGAACCCCUUCAGCAUGAGCGAGUCAACAGCCAAGAUGAUGAGGGACAACAUUGAAGUGAAGUUCAAGGACGUGGCGGGCUGCGAGGAGGCCAAGCUGGAGAUAAUGGAGUUCGUAAACUUCCUGAAGAACCCGCAGCAGUACCAGGACCUCGGAGCCAAGAUCCCCAAGGGUGCCAUGCUGUCCGGACCUCCUGGCACCGGAAAGACUCUGCUGGCCAAAGCUACAGCUGGAGAGGCCAACGUGCCCUUCAUCACCGUCAACGGCUCCGAGUUCCUCGAGAUGUUUGUGGGCGUCGGUCCGGCCCGGGUGAGGGACAUGUUCGCCAUGGCGAGGAAGAACUCCCCCUGCAUCCUCUUCAUUGAUGAGAUCGACGCUGUGGGGAGGAAGAGGGGGGGGGGGAACUUCGGGGGUCAGAGUGAGCAGGAGAACACCCUGAACCAGCUGCUGGUGGAGAUGGAUGGUUUUAACACGGCUACUAACGUGGUGGUCCUGGCCGGGACCAACAGACCUGACAUCCUGGAUCCCGCGCUGCUGAGACCGGGACGCUUCGACAGGCAGAUCUACAUAGGCCCUCCAGACAUCAAAGGUAGAGCCUCCAUCUUUAAAGUUCACCUGCAGCCCAUCAAACUGGACCCUGAUCUGGACAAAGACGCCCUCGCCAGGAAGAUGGCAGCUGCCACGCCGGGAUUCACUGGAGCCGACAUCGCUAACGUCUGCAACGAGGCUGCUCUGAUCGCCGCCAGGCACCUGAACCCGUCCAUCAACGCCAAACACUUCGAGCAGGCGAUCGACCGGGUCAUUGGAGGUCUGGAGAAGAAGACUCAGGUCCUGCAGCCCACAGAGAAGAAGACUGUCGCCUAUCACGAGGCCGGUCACGCCGUCGUCGGCUGGUUCCUGCAGCACGCCGAUCCUCUGCUCAAGGUGUCAAUCAUUCCACGGGGGAAGGGUCUUGGUUACGCUCAGUACCUGCCCAGAGAGCAAUACCUGUACACCAGAGAGCAGCUGUUCGACAGGAUGUGCAUGAUGCUGGGAGGCCGUGUGGCUGAGCAGGUGUUUUUCAGCCGGAUCACCACCGGAGCUCAGGACGACCUAAAGAAGGUCACGCAGUCUGCCUACGCUCAGGUGGUGCAGUUUGGGAUGAGCGAGAAGGUGGGGCAGGUGUCCUUUGACCUCCCCCGACAGGGAGAGGUGGUCAUGGAGAAGCCAUACAGCGAGGCGACGGCUGAGCUCAUCGACGAUGAGGUCAGAGGGCUGGUAAAUCGAGCGUACGAGCGCACCCUGCAGCUCAUCGAGGAAAAGAAGGACCUGGUGGAGCUGGUGGGGAAGCGCCUGCUGGAGCGGGAGGUGCUGAACAAGGCUGACAUGUUGGAGCUGCUGGGCCCGCGGCCAUUUGAGGAGAAGUCGACGUACGAGGAGUUUGUGGAGGGCACCGGGAGCUUCGAGGAGGACACGAGCCUACCGGAGGGCCUCCGAGACUGGAACCAGGAGAGAGGAGGGGAGGCCGAGGAGGCGAGCCCGAAUCAGGACAAACAGCAGGCCGUGUAGAGUCCGAAAGGACCGGCCACAUCCCAGCUGCAAAAAACCAGCCUGACAGAGUGUGGGAGGUCUGGGGGAAGUGUCUCUCUAUCUAAAUGGACAGGGUUCAGUUGCUUUGUGCCCGGCAGAAUCAGUUUGGGGUCGAGCUGGUAACCACAUGCAGCUUGAGAUAAUACGGCAGUUGCCUGAAUGUUACCGUCUACAUACAGACACUCACCUUUACUUACAUUCAGAGUCCAGUCUGAGCCUCACAGAUUCAGUUUUAUUCAAACACCAAAUCAAUUUAACAGCAAGAGGACGUACGAAGGCGCUCGGCAACUUGUUUGAGAUGAGGCGUCCUUUAUUCCAUAUUUGGGAAAUGAUCAGGGACUGUGCAUGUUCAUGGACUAACAAUCUAAGAUGUAAACGUGCCAGAUCUAUAGUCCUCAGUUAUAUUCAGUCCUCCUGCACAGUCUCUACUGUACAGUCUGAGACAGCUGCUCCACCCUUUGGAGCGGUCCCUUUGAGAUGUAAAUGGCUGCUAACCUGUGUAGCCAGUGUGAAGACAAAUAACAGGAAUAUGGUAAUUUCCUCCAUAUUCAGAAAAAAAAAUUGUAUCCAGUAAAUCACUGUUAUAACAUGUUCAGGUUUAACCAAAAUAACGAAGCACCAUUCAGGUGGAUUUGAUUUAAAUUUGGGGCUAAAAUCUGACUUCAUCUUCCAGAAGGUUUGGUUUUCCAGAUGAACCAAAUUGAGGACGUUUGCAAACAGGACGCGUUAGGAGCACCUACAGAUGCUGAACUCAGAUCCACCAGGCUCUGAUCAUCCUGUCUGUAGGGUUUAUCCAGAGGCUUUUCCCAUCCUUGGCCUUUAAGACUCCAGCAGGAGACCAGCUGUUCCUGACCUGAAUGUACAUGAUGCACAUUUCCAGACGGACUCUCCCCUUAAUUGUUCGGGAGGCCGCCUCGCUGACUGAUGUCUGCCUUCCUGAUAAUGAGGAAGAUUUUUUCCUCUGCUACAGACUGAAACAUCGUCUCAUUUUUAAACAGAAGCGGUCUGAAGAGUUUUUGUUACUCUUCAGGCUGAAUCGCCUCAGCAACGCCCGCCACUUUGGAUUCAUUUUGUAUACACUUUGAUUAAAUUGAUUUUGUGAGAUAUUAAUAGAAAAUAAAAAAAAAGAAAUAAACAUUUCAUGUCAGUUCACUGAUUUAAAGGAGCAACUCCCCCUAAAAUACUGAAACACAGGGCAUCAGCUGCAGGCUUCACAUUUCAGCCCUAACACAGGCCGUUCCCCUCAGAGUCAAACACUCGUCUUACUCUGUUUUAAUUUUUCAUCAGCAGCAUCCCUGAAGGGACUCAAACUAAUUAAACUUAUCUCACUAACGAAGCCUGUUAACAUCCAAAAGAGGCGCAGUGCUGAGUGCCCCCUGAAGGUCUCCCACUGCAGGAGGUCGAUACUUCAACGUGUCCUGGUUUGUGUAAACUGAUUUUGGAUUUAAGCUGGAUCUUCAAGUCAGUUUUGUUUGUAUAGCACCAGUUUUUAUAUUGGAAGGUAACGCCCCUGAUAGAGGACCCCAGACAUCAAACGCCACCGGGGGGGGAAGAACCCCCUUUUAAGAGGAAGGGACCUCCGGCAGAUCCAAGGGAAGGGCAGCCCUGUCCCUCCUUCACCCCCACCAGGUCCCAGCAGAU